UUUAAAAACAAAAUAAGUUUCUAACCUUUUUCCUUGCAGAGAAAACCUAAGCAAACCAAUCAUGAGUUUUGAAAGCUUAUCACUGAUUUUUUUCUAAAGAUGGCAUGUUAUCCACAGUGCCUUGGCUUCCAGUCAUCCAUGGUUGGCCUUUAGGGUCUGGAGAAGCUGUAACUAUGCGUUGUUUGAUUAUUGUGAUGAUCCCAGAUCAUGUCACAGCUGAAGUAGUCAGUGGUGCCCAGGUUACAGUUGAUAGGACUAGGUCACUGCAAACUGCCAGCUGUGUGCACUCUGGCUACGAGGGACACAGCAGCGUGAUCUACUGUCUCUGUUCUGAGCAUUACAUUUUAAAAAACAAUCUUUAUACUUUUACCCUCACAUAUGCAUGUUCUCUAUAUGCAAAUGAAGAAACUUGUACCUACAAACACUUGCCUCUGCAAAUCAGAGAGACAUCUAAUUUAAUAACUAAAUUCAGUUGUUUGUAGAUGGAAAUGAGCAAUAGAAAGCUUGAUUGCGUCCCUGCAUUUUGAAAUGUACUACGAGCAUGGCCAAAGGUAUUGAACGGAAAUCUAUUAGACACACUAAUCUUUUAGUAAUCUUAGUUAUUUUUAGUUGACAUAUUGCAAAAUUAAAAAACAGUCAUGCUAGUUGUGAACAUUACACCAGAAUCAGUCCCAUCCAGACUCAUUUUUUACAUCCUCUUUUGGAUUUGGUGUCACUGCUUGUUUACAGACCACACAUUUUUCCACUGGUGAUGGCACUUCUGUUUUAAAAAUUGUACAUAAAGAGGAACAAAAUUGUGUGUGCUCCAGUUAUUGCUCACACUGUUUGAAGUGAAUAAAGAGAAUUUAUUCUAAGGUUGCUGCAGUUGUAGUCAUGGAAUGUUAGGUUAUGUGACUAUCCACAUCUUAUACUGAUUCUGAAAGGGUAAGUCUGGUUUUCUUUAGUUUGUCUCAGCUUAUCUUUUGUUACAGAAUUUAGAGUCCCACUUAUUUUGCUUAAAAUAACUUUAUGUAUUUAUUUUUAAAGUAUGCUUGCUAAGGUUCCCAUAUUUUUGACGUCUUGCUCUAACACUUUGAACCAAGCAUUAGAGGCAAACUUUUCACAAGUAACUAAGGCCCAGCUCCUCAAAACUAUUUAGGCACAUAACUCCGAUUAAUUUCAAUAAGAGUUAGGCACCUAAAUACCUUUGCACAUCUGGGCUUAACUCCCAUUUUCAGAAGUGAGUCAGGCAUCUAGUUGCCUAAGUCCCAUUGACUUUCAAUGAGAUUUAGGCUUAUAAGUGCCUGUGUCUCUUUUGAAAAUGGCACAUAGGUACUUUUAAAAUUUGUAUCCUGCAUCUUUGCUUGUGUGAGAGGUAUUAAAAAUAAAGUAAAAUGGUUAAAUUAUUUUAAUUGCUGAAGGAUCUGUGUAUUGUGCUUUUUCUGAGCACUGGUGUCAUUCUUAUGACAUUUGAAUUAGAGUGUGCUUAUUAAUAUGUGGAGUACUUAAAAUCAAUUCUGCUUUGGAAAGAGUUAUUUUAAGGGUUGAUUCUGGUAUCACACCUGCUCUACAGAGGUGUCACUUUAUAUUAAACAACUAUCCCCUUAUUUAAAUGGAUUUAAAUGUUUUUAAAGUGCUGAUGUGAGCCCUGCUUGCCCAAGUCUGUCAGUUCUGGGCUGUGAGGCUGUGUAGACAUUUCCUGAGUGCUCCAGAGAUGCACAACAGGAGCAGUCCCCCCGUGCUGGGACAUCAUUGCAAAGGCAUUCAAAGUGAAGAGGAGACUUUUGGUGGUGUUCUGCUUCAUUCUCCCACAUAAGGGUCAGCCACAAUGUGGUCCUCAAUGAGAGUGAGUCACAGCCAGCUCCCACUGAAGUCAAUGGAAAGACUCCUAUUUAUUUCAAUGAGAGAUGGAUUGAGUCCUAAAGGCUUGCUCCAUCUAAGUCAAUUGGAGUUUUACCACUGACUCCAAAGGGUGCAGGAUCAAGCCCUGUGUGAGCAAAUACAAUUAAAAGGCAAAGCCAAGGAAUCACAAAAUGUAGUAGCUAACUAUUGAUGUGUAGUUUGUUUUUUAAUUAUUCAUGAUACUAUUUCAUAAUGUACUAGUGAAUGAAUGCAGUGAAUUUAGUAAAAUUAUGGACUCCUAGCAAUACAAGAGCUCAUUACAGUAUCUGCUUAAAUUUCGGCUAAUAGUUCGGCAAUAUACCUAACAUUUUUAUGUAAAUAAGCAAGAUAUUGCUGCAAUUAGGGCUCAGUCCUGCAAGGGGCUGAGCAUUCUUGGGAAGUGAUGGACAUCCUCAGCUCACGCUGAAGGCAGUGGAAAUUGCGGCCUCUCAGGAUUUCACAGUAGAGCUCAACACCUUGCAUGAUUAGCCCCUUAGUUUACUAAAAAAAAAAGUGUGUAGAGGAUUAUCAUCAGUCAGAACUUCAGCUGGUGAAAUCAGUUGUUGCACUGUUUCUUUCGGUAGCACCAUGUUGAUUUUACAUCAGCUGAGGAUCUGGCACAGUCACCAAAUGAAAAAGACUUCAUUGAUUAAAUUCUUCUGAGAACAAGUCAUAUGCAUAAUGUAGCACAAUUGUCAGAAUUCAGAAGAAAGAUCCAAGACUCAGGAUGAUUUUUAUUGACCUGAUGACUUUAUCUGGCUAUAAAAAUGAAACUGGUGAAAAAGCAAUUAAGUUACUGUUUAUUAAAAUAAAAAAUGCUCCACAUAUUGCAGUCUAUAUGAAGCAUACAUUUUUUAAAAACCUUUUUAUCAAUUAAGGAUAAAAUAGCCCUUACUGUUACACUUACCUUACAUGGCUUCUUUGUAUUUGUAGGAAUAACGUGAACACUGCAGGUUAGUGAGUCUCUAGCACUGAUCAACAUGUUGGCAGAAGGCAUCCUAACUGGAAUCAUAUACAAAGAAAGAAAACAGGACAUAGAUAAACCCCACAAAUGUCACAUAAACAGAAAAGAUGAAAGGGAAACCUGGAAAGAUCACCUUAUAGAUACACCAGCAAUUAAAGAUUUUGCUUCAGAAUCUGAGAAGCAGAAUGAGAUCAUUGCAAAAGGUAGCAAAAUGGAAAAUAAUAAAGAACUUCUGUGGAAAUCUAAAGAAUUGCUACCUGCAAAAGAACAUAAUGCACAUGUUAAAGGAACAAUAUCUGCAUCUUUACAUAUACCAGGAAGAGAACAAAGUCAUGAAAACCAGGUGGAUUUGUAUAGAUCCUGGUCAUGCCACAGUAUUUAUCAAAACUAUCCUGACUUACAUAUUGGAGGAGACCAUGUAGGAGGCUAUAUGCGGGAUUCAGGUUGCAUUAUGGACCACAUAAGUGAUGAACUUGUUGAUGGCCCGGUUUUACUGUCAGGAGAUAUUCUAUUGGGUCAUUCCCCUCAAAAUGAGCCUCUUGAAAAAACAACUACAAAGUCCUUGAAUGGUGAUGAAGGUGGAGAAAGGAGUAUGACACUCCACAAGCAGCCUCUUUCGAAUUCUGUGCUGAAUAACUACAUGGAUACAAAAGUGGAAGAGCUCUAUAAACAGUUUUUUGAAGAGAACCUGACCAGGUGUGGUUCUGUAACAAACCUCCUGACUUCCAGUUUGAUCAUGAAUAACCUAAAACAGAUAAACCUUCAGAUCUCUCAAGAACAGACUAUAGAAACAUGUAAAGCUAGAGAAGUGUUUUUACAUUCUUUAGCUCUGUUGAGUUUCCGCAAUGCUGCCAGUGGAAACAGCUCUGAAUUUAGCACUCCAAAUUUACAGUUCUCAAACUUGCCAAGCAAGAGAAAGAGCUCCCGGGUACAGUUUACAUCAUGACUGAACUGUUUGGUUACAG